GCGAAGCAAUAUGGUAUCAAAAACUUUCCGGCUCUUACAUAUUUCCGCGAAAAAGAACCAAUCAUAUACGAUGGUGACUUGAUGGACGAAGAGAAUGUACUGGAUUUUCUUACUAGUUUAGAAGCUAUGGAUCUACCAGAUCGUAUCGAAGAAGUUAAUGCAAAAAUUCUGUCAAAGAUUGUUGAGGAAACGGAUUUUGUGGCAGUCCUCUUCUGUCCAAAUACGGAGCGGUGUGCAGGCAUCGGUUCUAACAAACCAGACUGCAAAAAGUGUCUCAAGGCCCUACAAGAAUUGGAAAACAUCGAUGACGAAGCCGAUCAAUUGGGCAUUGGCUUCGUAAAGAUUGCGGACGAGGAGUUGGCAGAUGAGUAUAAUCUCGGUCCUCUCCCAGUUCUUGUAUAUUAUAGGCAUCAAAUUCCAAUUAUUUACGAACAUGAGUUGAGUAGAGAAGAAGACGUGCUGGAAUGGCUGGUAGCGAACAAGAGCACGGGAGAUGAAGAGGAUGUUAUCGAAGAUGUUACCGCCAAAACGUUAAACACACUAAUUGGAAACAUUGACAAUUUAGUCGUUCUGUUCUAUGAUCACGGUGAUGAAGACUCUAUGCAGGUCCUAAAUGAGCUAGAAAAGAUCGACGACGAUUGUGAUAAGCACGGUAUUCAGUUCGUGAAGAUCGACGACGAAAAGGCUGCGGAAGAAUUCGGAAUCGACGAUUUACCGGCGAUCGUCUAUUUCGAGAAGCAGAUCCCGAAUGUUUACGACGGAGAUAUAGAAGAUGAGGACGAAAUUUUGGAAUGGCUGUUGUCGCAACUCGAAAAAGACGAGAUAGAAGACGUCACUGAUGAGAUGCUGGAUCGUCUCAUCAAAGAUGGGAAAACUAUAGCUGUAUUGUUUUACGAUAAUAACGAUCGGAAAUCUCAAAGAGUUCUCAAUGAAUUGGAGAACAUCGACGAUGAAUGCGAUCAGCUUGGCGUAACUUUUGUGAAGAUCGACAAUGCGGAAGAGGCUAAGGAAUACGGCAUUCAAAAAAUACCUACAAUGCUUUACUUUGAAAAGGGUAUUCCGAUGGUGUAUGAAGGCAACCUCGAAGAUGAGGAGAAAGUGCUCAAAUGGUUGGAGCAGCAGCAAAAGGCUGACCAGAUCGAGGACGUUACCGACGAAAUGCUUGACAUGGUUAUAGACAAGAUGCAGCACGUAGCCGUUCUCUUUUAUGACAAAGAUCAGAAGAAGAGCCAAAAGGUGUUAAGUGAAUUAGAGAACAUCGAUGACGACUGUGAUCAGCACAACAUAGCCUUCGUGAAGAUCAGCGACUUGGAUGAGGCAAAAGAAUAUGGCAUAGAUUCGCUUCCCACUUUGGUGCUCUUUGAACGAAAGAUACCACACAUUUACGAUGGCGAUCUCAUGAACGAAGAUCAGAUACUGGGCUGGCUGUUGCAUCAGAAAAAACACGCCGAGAUCCCGGAAGUAACGGACGAAAUGGUCGAAAAGCUCGUAGAGACUUCGCCGUACAUAGCAGUCCUGUUUUACGACAAGGACGAUAAGCAAGACAUGCGGAUCCUGAACGAGUUAGAGAACAUAGACGAUGACCUGGAAAAGGAGGGGAUCAUCAUUGUUCGCAUAGAUAACGACGCCGAGGCCAAGGAAUACGGUAUCGAUCAUCUCCCAACUCUGGUAUAUUUCGAAGACAAAAUUCCGGCAAUAUACGAGGGCGAUCUACUAAACGAAGACGAAGUCCUCGAAUGGCUGAUAGAACAGAAGAACAGUGCUACCAUCGAAGAGGUCACGGACGAGAUACUGACGGAUCUCAUAGAGGAUCAUGAAUACGUUGUGGUAUAUUUCAGUGGAAGUUGCGACGAAGGAGAAAAAUGUGACAAUAUCCUUGAAGAUUUAGAAAAUAUUGACGACGAGCUGGAUGAAACGGGCAUUAUAUUCGUUACUACCGAAGACACCACUACAGCAAAGAAAUAUGGCAUCAGGCAUUUUCCAACUCUCGCGUUCUUCCGAAACAAGGAUCCGUUGAUUUAUACUGGCGAUCUCGAUGACGAAGAUGAAGUAUUGUCUUGGAUUACCGAUGAGGACACUUUGGAGAUACCAGGAAAAAUCGAAGAAGUCAAUACUAGAAUGCUGGAGAACAUUCUCGACGAGAACGAUUAUGUCGUCGUCUUUUUCUAUAAAGAAGGCGAUAAGAAGAGCCAAAAGAUCCUUCAGGAGCUUGAAAACAUUGACGAUGAGUGCGAAGAGAAGGAGAUCGACUUUGUAAAGAUUUCCGACGAGGGAAUCGAAAAGGAAUAUGACCUUCCGGGAUUACCGGCGUUGGCAUUUUAUAGACACAAAUUCCGACAGAUCUAUUCGGGCGACAUGAUGCACGAGGAAGAAAUUUUAGAAUGGGUCCUCGAACUUCGUACAACAACGCCGGAUGUUAUCGAGAGCGUCGAUAGAAAAACAUUACAAGUACUUAUCAACGAUGUUGAGCAUCUCGCCGUGUUCUUUUACGAUGACAAAUGUGAAACCUGCGCGGAUAUUCUCGAGGAAUUAGAAACGAUUGACGAUGAUACUGACAAACACGGUAUUCAAUUCGUCAAAUCAAAUGAUGCUAAACUGGCGGCUGAAAUCGGUGUUUUCUCCUUUCCGGCUCUCGUUUAUUACGAGACCGGAGUCCCCAUCAUGUACGACGGUAAUCUUCUCGACGAGACUGAAGUACUCGAAUGGAUGGUGAAACAAAAAACUGAUGAGAGUAUUGAAGAAAUCGACCGUGAGACUCUCAUCAAAUACAUCGAGACGAAAGAAUUUCUUGCUGUUAUAUUCUACAAAGAGGAGGAUCCGGAGAGUCCGAGGGUGCUUAGGCAUAUUGAACUGAUUGAUGACGAAGCUGCGGAAUACGGAAUAAAGAUCGUCAGGAUGAAGGAUCGGUUAAUGGCGAAGAAAUAUGGUUUUCGAAAUCCACCAGGCAUCACUUACUUUCGCAAGGGUAAGAACAUCAAUUAUGAUGGUGAUAUUGACGACGAAGAGGAGAUCCUUGACUGGUUGACCAAUCCGGAGAAUAUGGAACUCACCGAUCACAUAGAACGUAUCAACAAGAAGAUGUUUCAGAAAGUGCGACAAACAACCGAUUAUCUAGCCGUAUUUUUUUACAGCAACGACUGCAAACAGUGCGGCCGAGUAUUGGCGGAAAUCGAACAUAUCGAUGACGAAGCCGAUAGCGCCGGUAUUAAAUUCGUCAAAAUCGAUGAUAAACAAUUAUCUAAACAAUAUGGUGUUUUCGCGUUACCUGCUAUAUUGUUCUUCAAGAUGGGAUCGAAGGAACCAGUUAUAUACGCAGGUGAUUUAUAUGAUGAGCAGCAAAUUUUACAAUGGUUGAUGACACAAAAGGAUCCAUCGGGUGAAGUAAUCGAGGCUCUGGAAGGCGAAGAUCUUUUAAAUUUGAUACGAGAAUCGGAAUCUUUAGCCGUAUACUUCUAUCCCGAUGACUGUGCACAAUGUGUAGGAAUACUUGAGGAAUUGGAGAACAUUGACGACGAUUGCGACAGACAUGGCAUUACAUUUGUGAAAACACAAGAUUUCAAAGUUGCUGAAGAUUAUGGGGUGACUGAUUUACCAGUAUUAGUCUAUUUCGAGCAUCAAGUACCGAAUGUGUUCGCAGGUGAUCUCUCUGUGGAAGAAGAGGUGUUACAAUGGCUGAUUACUCAAAGAACAGAAGAUCGAAUCGAACUGAUCACACGAGUGAUGCUAGAAACGUCUGUCGAGGAGACCCAAUAUUUAGCAGUUUAUUUCACCAAGCCGAAUUGUCACAUAUGUGACGAGAUUCUGGAGGGUUUGGAAAAAAUCGAUGACGAAUGCGACGUAUUUGGAAUUCAUAUGGUGAAAAUUCAGGAUACACAGUUGGCGAAGCGAUAUUCGAUCAAGACGUUCCCGGCUCUCGUUUAUUUUCGAAAUGGCAAUCCUCUUCUCUUUGAAGGAGAUCUCCAAAACGAAGAAUCCGUCCUCGAGUGGCUGAUCGACGAUGACAAUCGAGAAUUAGCCGAUGAAAUAGAGUCCGUCAACGAUAGAAUGCUAGAGAGGCUCCUCGAUGAAUCUCCUUUCCUAGCCGUUUUCUUUUAUGACGAAGAUUGUCCGGAAUGUGACGAUAUUAUGGAAGCACUAGAGAAAAUCGACGGCGAAGCCGAUCUUUUCGGAAUCGACUUUGUUAAGAUCUCUAGUUCGGAAGCUGCUGAAAAAUAUGGCAUUCUCAACGUUCCAUCCCUCGUGUACUUCCGAAAGAAAACACCACUCAUAUACGAUGGCGAUCUUACACAAGAAGACAAAAUCCUACAAUGGCUCACUUCUCAAGAUGUGUUUGAGAUUAAGAAUGAGAUCGAGGAAGUUAACAGGAAGAUGCUAGACAAAUUAUUGGACGAGAAUGAGUUUCUCGCAGUCUUCUUUUAUGAACAUGACAGUCCUGAAAGUGAAGAGGCAAAUGAAAAAUUAGAAGAAAUUGAUGAUGAAACCGAUAAUCUAGAUAUUACAUUCGUCAAGAUGGCAGAUCCUAGAUACGCUAGGAAAUGGGGAGUUACCAAGCUUCCCGCGAUUGUUUAUUUCCGCAAACGAUUCCCAAGUAUCUACAGAGGUGAUUUACACAAAGGACAGGACGUUCUCGAGUGGUUGCGCAAGAAUAGAUAUCGACAGCCGGAACUGAACAUCUAUAUGUACAUGUUGAUUGCCAUCACCAUUCUCUUCCUCAUGUACACCGGUUUCCUACUGUCGUGUUUCCGCUCGGAGCCGACCGCGCCCGUUGUACAUCCCAAGCAGGCGUGAACGCGCGAAAAUAUGCAAGUGACAAAUAAAGUAAAAGACAGGACUCGUGAACAUUCGCGCCUGUGUGUGCCCGGUACUCUCAAUAUUCUCUCUGAUUCCCGAUGCACGAUGUGUGGAUAGGUUCGUCCGGAACGAACAAUCUAACAGCGCUUUACGUGACAAGUAACGAUGACCGCUAAAGCGGAGAUGGAAGCUAAUGAUCUACUUGCAAGCAUGUUUGGACCGCUGUCAAACAUUAAAUAAUAUUGCGUGAAAGAGAGGGAGAGAAUGUGUCUAUUGAAUUUUGUACUCUCUAAAUUCUUUGGAGUAAAAUCUCAUUCUAAAGAGUGGAAAUUAAGUUAAGCUUUUGUAAAUCUUGAAAAAAAGUGGCUCAAUUUUCCUUAUCUUUAAGAGUGAGAUUUUACACUCUAGAGAGACAAUUUAUUCUAAAGGUUUUAGGUUGGCAUUCAUAGUCAAUUCUUAUAUUCAAAACCAUCUUAAGUUCUGUCUUGAGGUCACGAACCAAUUAGAAGGCCGCAUUAGCGUCUUAAGACAUUUACUUAAAACAGUCUUGAAAUAAGAAUUGAUUAUAAGAAUUCCGGCCUUAGAGAGUAGUAUUUUGAACCGAAAAGUACUCGCGCGAAUGUAGCGCGAACUACAAAUUUCGGAAUUUUGUAAAAUACAAAUUCAGUCAAAUUGAAAGAUAAUUUUAACAAAUUGACAUCGAUACUACUACAUUCUUUGUCUUACAAAAAAACGA